GUAUUACGUCAGAACGUCAGUCUGUAGGAGAAUUUCAACAUGGAGGACUUCGUAGCUGUAGAAAAGAGCCCGGAAGACGUGCCGACCAUACUGAGCUCCAGACCUCAGACCGGCUUGUCCUUCCUGGCACCAGAACCAGAGGAUCUUGAGGACCUUUACAGCAGAUACAAGAAGCUGCAGCAGGAGUUGGAGUUCCUGGAGGUGCAGGAGGAGUACAUCAAAGAUGAACAGAAGAACCUGAAGAAAGAGUUCCUCCAUGCUCAGGAGGAGGUGAAGAGGAUACAGAGCAUCCCUCUGGUCAUUGGCCAGUUCCUGGAAGCUGUGGACCAGAACACAGCUAUUGUUGGUUCCACUACAGGGUCCAACUACUAUGUGCGCAUCCUGAGCACCAUCGACAGAGAGCUGCUGAAGCCCAAUGCCUCGGUGGCGCUGCACAAGCACAGCAACGCUCUGGUGGACGUGCUUCCUCCAGAGGCAGACAGCAGCAUCAUGAUGCUGACGUCAGACCAAAAGCCAGAUGUGAUGUACGCCGACAUCGGCGGUAUGGACAUUCAGAAACAGGAAGUCCGAGAAGCUGUGGAGCUGCCUCUCACACACUUUGAGCUCUAUAAACAGAUUGGCAUCGACCCACCCAGGGGUGUCCUCAUGUACGGACCUCCAGGCUGUGGCAAAACCAUGUUGGCCAAAGCUGUGGCACACCACACUACAGCGGCAUUUAUCCGUGUCGUGGGCUCUGAGUUUGUUCAGAAGUAUUUGGGUGAAGGUCCUCGUAUGGUGCGUGACGUCUUCCGGCUGGCGAAGGAAAACGCCCCUGCCAUCAUCUUCAUCGAUGAGAUCGACGCUAUCGCCACCAAGCGUUUUGAUGCACAGACCGGAGCUGACAGGGAAGUGCAGAGGAUCUUACUCGAGCUGCUUAAUCAAAUGGAUGGCUUUGAUCAGAAUGUCAAUGUCAAGGUGAUCAUGGCCACCAACAGAGCGGACACGUUGGACCCAGCCCUGCUCCGUCCUGGUCGUCUGGACAGAAAGAUCGAGUUCCCGCUCCCAGACCGCAGGCAGAAGCGCCUCAUCUUCUCCACCAUCACCAGUAAGAUGAACCUGUCCGAGGAGGUCGACCUGGAGGAUUAUGUGGCGAGACCUGAUAAGAUCUCUGGAGCUGACAUCAACUCCAUCUGCCAGGAGGCUGGCAUGUUGGCAGUGCGCGAGAACAGGUACAUCGUCCUCGCCAAAGACUUCGAAAAAGCGUACAAGACCGUCAUCAAGAAGGACGAGCAGGAGCACGAGUUCUACAAAUAGAGAGAAAAUGCCAGCCUGAGAGUAAAAAAGUGUCCAGACACACGUUUGUUUCCGUCUGUAUCUACAGUGUGGCGUUUGUGGAUUCGCUUCCCCAACCUGCAUCGAUUUUUUUGGACUAAAUUUACUCAGUUUGGCAGACGGCCUCACGUCAGAUUGUCUCCGUGUCUCCAGCCUUGAGAUGACUCACUACUAUGUGAAGGUGUUUUUUGUUCAGGCACUCUGCCGGUUCCUAAAAACAUCCAGCCCCGACUGUAGCUAGGAUAGAACGUUUGUAUCAAUAUGUACUCACCUAACAAGACAUGACUUCAAAAAUCCAUUAAAGGUGUUUUCCAUAAAAAACAAA